GGUUACUGAGUGCAGGCUGCAGGGAAGUACCUAGAGGGAGGGGGCCUGGUCGGGAGGACUUUCCAGCCACUCAGGGCUCAUCAAAAAGUUCCCUGUACAUGACCCCAGUGGCUCAUCGUAGGGAGUUUCUCUGAUGAACCCCGGCCCUGGGUUUAGGCUUCUCAGUCGAGGACGAGCCAGUUCUUUUUCUAGUCUGACUGGCUUGGAAAUUCCCCGCGCCUGACCCCGCCCCUGAGAAAUCCCCUGCCAGCGUUUAUAGGGCGCCGAGGCGGCGCUGCCGAGCCCACAACAGUCUGAACUCGCCACCCAACUGCCAGCAGCCUGCACCCUGCACCCGCUCAGCUCCGCACAGCCAUGUUUCAGCCAGCUGGGCACGGCCAGGACUGGGCCAUGGAGGGCCCGCGGGACGGCCUCAAGAAGGAGCGGUUGGUGGACGACCGCCACGACAGCGGCUUGGACUCCAUGAAGGACGAGGAUUACGAGCAGAUGGUGAAGGAGCUGCGGGAGAUCCGCCUGCAGCCGCAGGAGGCGCCUCUGGCUGCCGAGCCCUGGAAGCAACAGCUCACGGAGGACGGAGACUCGUUCCUGCACUUGGCAAUCAUCCAUGAAGAGAAGACACUGACCAUGGAAGUGAUUGGUCAGGUGAAGGGAGACCUGGCCUUCCUCAACUUCCAGAACAACCUGCAGCAGACUCCACUCCACUUGGCUGUGAUCACCAACCAGCCAGGAAUUGCUGAGGCACUUCUGAAAGCUGGCUGUGAUCCUGAGCUCCGAGACUUUCGAGGAAAUACCCCUCUCCAUCUUGCCUGUGAGCAGGGCUGCCUGGCCAGUGUAGCAGUCUUGACUCAGACCUGUACGCCCCAGCAUCUCCACUCCGUCCUGCAGGCCACCAACUACAACGGCCACACGUGUCUACACUUAGCCUCUAUCCAUGGCUACCUGGGCAUCGUGGAGCACUUGGUGACUUUGGGUGCUGAUGUCAACGCUCAGGAGCCCUGUAAUGGCCGGACAGCCCUCCACCUUGCAGUGGACCUGCAGAAUCCUGACCUGGUCUCGCUCCUGUUGAAGUGUGGGGCUGAUGUCAACAGAGUAACCUACCAGGGCUACUCCCCCUACCAGCUUACGUGGGGCCGCCCAAGUACCCGGAUACAGCAGCAGCUGGGCCAGCUGACCCUGGAAAAUCUUCAGACGCUGCCCGAGAGUGAGGAUGAGGAGAGCUAUGACACGGAGUCAGAAUUCACGGAAGAUGAGGUGCGUGUUCAUUACUGCCAGAGUGGUCCAUUCUCCCUCACCACACCUAGGUCUGUUCUAGAGCUGUUCUGUAUCAUAGGGACCUGAGUUAUUCAACUUCUCAGUCUCAGCUUGCAAAGCCAGGAUCCCAAGAACGUGUCUCUGGUUUGCUUUAAUAGCUUACCCUUGUGGGUUUCGGAAUGGGGCAGUAAGAGGGAGUUGUGGGAAUUGAACCCAGGCUUUAACACGUGGUAAUAGGCACAUGUUCUACCAUUGAGCUAUGUCCCCUGCAAUAGCUUAGACUUUUGAAAGGAGAGAAUUGGUGAAGGGAACUCCUGCAGCCCGGCGCCUGCGUUCUGUUUAGGCUGAGGAGGAGAGAGUCCAGGAAUGGGAGUUAUUUGUAGAAGCAGCUCUCCCGCCAUCCCAAUGGCUUGGCGAAGUUCUAGGAAUCUAAUGUGCCUUUUUCCCUCUCUUGUUCCAGUUGCCCUACGAUGACUGUGUGUUUGGAGGCCAGCGUCUGACGUUAUAAGAGGAAAGUGGCCAAAGGAACGUGGACUUGUAUAUUUGUACAAAUAGAGUUUUAUUUUUCUAAAAAAAAAAAAGAAAAAGAAAAAAAAAUAAGAAAGGGUAUACUUAGCACCACAGCACACAGCGCCUAGCCCCGAGCAUUCUAUUGUGGUGAUUCAGCUGUUGUUCUUGUGAAAUUUGGGGAAACAGAUCAUUGAAAUUCAAAGGAAAUGUCUCCUAAGGUUCAUGUUUGUGGGAUUUUUUUUUUUUUUUUGAGGUGAUUUUCCAGAAUCUGAUAAAAGGACCACAUUUUAUUUAUUGUGCUUUUGGUUGAACCGCCAUAGACUGUAGCUGACCCCAGUGUGCCCUCUCACGUAAGAACCAGGUGUUCAGUGGUAUGUGCUUAAGUCAUCCCCAGCUGAGAUUUGUACCACUUUCUUGUAAAUGUUGUAUAUGGUGUAUUUUGUUGGUAAUUAUUUUGGUACUUCUAAGAUGUAUAUUUAUUAAACAGAUUUUUACAGACA